CCUGCAGGAACGGCAUCGGCGUCGUCUGUUGCGGCAACCAGACGACGACGCUCUUCUCGCUCGGCCAGCAAGGACAUCGUCAUCGCGCUGUGCGAGGCAGGCAGACGGAACGUCGCAGCUGUGGUCCAGUUUGCUGUGAUUGUUCCGUUCACGAGUCCCGAUUGGAAAGAAACGCGAGAUCCUGGCGAUGUAUACGUAGUACGUUCGGUGACCGCCUUCUUGUGUGAUCAAAAAAGCGUGUCCCACGGAAUUCGGCCGUCGUCGUCUGCAUGUGGUCUUCGGCGCUGCAAGAUUGGUCGUCCGUUAUCGUCUGCUCCACGACAACCGGCUCCUGUAGUGGUAGAUACCCAACGUGAACUGUAUGCAGUAGAUCCUUGUGAGGCGAACGCAUAUACAAAACAAUGGAUGGUUAUGUUAUUCAUCGGUGUGCGCCGACGGACCCUGCCGUUAUCGGCUGGUGACUUCGCGUGCUGCCUUCGUACGUCUGCGAGACGUCUGCUAGACUGCAACGACAAUCUCGAGCGAGGAUAUACCUAUCACAAAGCCCCCCUCCCGACGUGGGACGUUCGGAUUUCGUCUACCUUAGCGCACGUUCCAGUUUCGACGAACAGUUUCUGAGAACCAGAGGCACAACCCCCAACCUCCCCGUCACUCCCCCUGUAUAGUUUAGGUUUCGAUCAGAACGUUUAGGUACCUCUUUUUUUCCGGCCACGAGGUUCUUGAACGGCUGCUCGCAAUUUAUACGUGUUGUGUAACCUUUAUCGUGUGUAUACUUCAACCGGCACCGUCGUCUGCUGCCAUUGUCGUCUGCGACCGGUUUCGUCUGUAGCUGGUAUCGUCUGUUCAACUAAUCGGCGUCGUCUGCUGCCGGUUUCCCUCUGUAGUUGGUAUCGUCUGUAUAUAACGGACGUCGUCUGCACACCUCAACACUAUCGUCUACUCUGUUUUUUUCGUUUUUUUUUUUUGUUUUUUGGUUUUUGCUUUCGGAAAGAAAGGACAAUAUACAGUACAGAGAAAGCUCCCGACUGUUCUUCUAGAAGAGGCAUAUACAUCAGCCGUAUACUUCGCUGUGAACUGCGCAGUCGUCGUUUUACGACCCCGACCAGUAGUUCGAAUUCUGCGACACGGUGUGCGUCGUUUGACCAGCGAAGACCUCGACACGCUGAUAUCGACGACGAAGUGUCUGCGCGUGUGUGUCUUUUGCGGCAGUGACAAAAACGCCGUCCGUUCUCCCACUCCCCCUGCAGAGUCUGCUGUCUCAGGUGACCGGAGAGCCCCUGGGCGCACAGGUGGACGAGGCCGGCAGGAAAGCGGAGCCAGUGUUGUCGUACCUCGACUGGGCUUCGCAGCCGGCGGCCACCGCCCUCAGGAACGAACUUCAGGCGCUGCGCGACCGCCACUCACAGCUGCAGAAGUCCAUUGAGCAGCAUCUGCAGGGUGUCCGUGAGGAGAGGGCAGCGCAGGCUGCCUUUGAGGAGAAGGUCGCCUCCCUGCGGGAAGGCCUGCUCCAGAUGGAGAGGGACAUUGGCGCAGCCCCCACCUGCGGGGAAGAUGAGGACCAGGUCCAGAAGAACCUUCAGAUGCUCCGCGAGCGGCUCAGCUUCCUUGACCGGGAAGUGCGAGCCACGUCCCGGUCGGCUCACGAGCGCUACAGUGAACGCCGACAGGGCGUGCCGGACGUCGUGGAGCAGGCCCUGGCCUCCGUGGAGCUCCUGUCGGAGAACGUAAUGGCCGCUCUCGAAGGAAAAGAGCGGGAGUUCAAAAAGGCACGCACCGCGCGGGCCGACUACUGCGAGGGCUCCAAGGCCCUGGCUGCAUGGCUCCAAAAGGCGCAGGGAAUCCUGCAACGCAAAGGAGACUCUCCGGAAGUCACCAAGGAGAACCUUGUGGCUCUCAAUGCGGAAUUGCCCGGAGUACGCCGGGAUGCAGACCGCCGUGUCGUCCAGAGCGGCAACCUUGUUGUUGAGUGCCUGGGUGACACGGAACAGGCCAAGUCAGUGCGGGCCACCAUCACGUCUCUCACAGACCAGCUGCAACAGGUGGAGUCGUGGAUCCGGGAGCGUCUCGGCGAGGUGGAAGACGCCCUGGAGGCCUGGGCCCGGUUCCUGCAACUCCACGAAGUGCACAAGACGUGGCUGGACAUGAAAGAGCUGGCAGUGGCCAAGCGGGAGCCACUCAACACGCUGGCAAUGGCAAGGCAGUGCUUGUCCCAAUGCCAGGAGGUGAACCGGGACAUGGCAAGCGGCCAGGGCCAGCUGGCGGAGAUGAGCGGCCUGGUGCAGCGCAUUGGCCGCUCCUGCCACGUGGGGCCACUGCUGGAGAAGCUCGAUGCGGCCGAGGAACGCCAGCGCAACCUCGAGGGUCGUCUUGUCCAGGAGCUGGCUCUGCUCCAGGAGCUGGUUGAAGAGUGGGAACAGUGCGAACGCAAGGCUCGCGACUGCCAGACAUGGUUGGAGCGAGCACGCUCUUCCCUCGAGGCACCUCAACUACGCCGUAAGAGCCUACGUGACCAGCUGGCCUUGCGUGAGAAAAUGCUGGCCGACCUUUCCAGCCAGCAGACCAAGAUGGCCAUGUCGCUGGAGAAACUGCGGGUGCACCUCCGCGUCUGGGCAUCGUACUCGCCCGAAGAGAACGCCAUGGUGGCCACGGUGCAGGAGCUGUCGCGCCAACUGCAAGCUCUCCAGGGGAAGCUGGACAGCCGCUGCCAAGAGUUGUCUGCCUGCCUCGCACAGGAUGAGCAGUAUAGUCAGGAUCUUCUUCACGUGAGGCAACUGCUGUCUCAAUCGGAGCACCGACUGAAGCUGGCCCUCGGGGCUAUCGGUAACACGCCUGCGGAACGGACUCUGAACCUCAAGCUCCAGGAGGGGGCGGACGUAUCGAGCGAAACAAUCCCGAAGCUUUCCGGCCAAGCUCUGGGCUCGUUUAUGGACGUCCCCGCCGGCCAGGAGUACAUGGCGUUCUACCAGUCUAGACCGCAGACCGUUGUGACGCGAGAGCAGCGGCCAGACGGGACCUCUCAGGUGACACGCACCACCACCAGGCUCGUCUCGGCAGUCAGCACGGGGCAGACAGGUGGUCAGCCACAUCUGGGAACAGAUGGAGGCCGCCAGCCUUGGCAGCUCUCUGAAUCUUUUAGAUCUCUUACGAGCCCCGACGACAUUCAAGCAUACACAGCGAAUCUGGAGCCUCAGAGGAGGUCGGAACAGUUGACUACAGUUAGCACUGUCAGCGGCACUUGGAGUUCCGAACACGACAGUCCCAUGUGGGAGUCCUGGCAGUCCCAGCCUACAGAAGGACAUGCUCGUUUUGGCACUAGCUGGGUUGUAACACGUCACGACCGCAGUCCUUCCCCCAUGCCUUUCCUUGCAGCGGCAACGGAGAGGAACUCGACACAGGACACAACCGACACACACCCGCAGGCAGUCACGGUGACUACCGGAGAGCUUGCUCCCGUACUGAGCGGCUUACCGGGAGAGCCUAGGGUACUUCGUGACUCAUCUGUUGAUGACGAGCUCAGGGCGCUGUCAUCGCUCACCGGCAGGCAAGAACCCGCACCUGGUGAAGUCAAGCUGGUGGAGAGCGAGUUUAAGAGGGAAGUGGAACCACUGAACCUGGUGUCUUCGAGGGUCGUGCAGGACACAGAGGAGAAGAAAACUAUCGAGCUUAAGUUCCAGGAAAAAGUUCAGCUUGUUCACUACUCCUUCCAGCUUCCAUCCUUCGCGGAAUUUGUGCAAGCUCCAGAAGAGGACGUCCACGAGGUGAGGCCUCUAGACAGCUCAGACGUGGCAGGCGUUGCUGCAAGUGAAAUGCCUGGAGAGAAACAGACUACCACUGAAGUGUACAGUGUGAGGGUACAUGAAUCUGAAGUGGACACCAGGAAGUUGAUGCAGAGGAUAGGUGCACAUGAAACGGUAAGUGAUGUUGUGUCUACACAGCACAGUCAGGGUUGGACACCUGGUAGUGUCGUCGAGGGAGCUGCCAAUGUUCCUGCCAAAGCUCCAGCUGGAACUGAAAAGCCCAGUACAACAACAUCAAAGCAGGUGUCCAGUAUACACACCGUGCAGCAUCAGGAAAUGAUACUCGACAAGGUGCAGACAGGAACUGGUGAAGGCAUCACAAGCACUUUGGUUUUCCCAGCUGAUUCUGUGACUGAGACAUCUCAGUCUCAGACACGGCGUGAAGUUGUCAGCCGCACUGCUGUGACAGUUAGGCAGCUGUCACCCGGUGAAGCCUCAGCAGCUGCUGACCUCCCCCACUUAUUCCCGAACGCCAAGGCCACAAAGGAAACAGGUAAGGAAGGUGAGAAGGGGGAACCAGUGCUUGCGAGUCAGAAACCAGGCACUGUCGAGGUUGAUGCUGUGGUCAUGAAAGGUCGGGUCACCAAAUCGCCCGCUCGUGGACUCACAACAAGCACAACAGAUGUGGGCAGCACUGUUUAUGACGUAACCACCGAUCUACAGAAACUGACUAACGUGACAGCUUUCGAAGAACCAGGAAAGGCCCCGGAAAGGGCUAAUGGGCACCCAAAACACCUUGAGCUCCAAACUAAGGAAAGCCCACUCCCAUCAAUUACAGUCACCAAGACUUUGUCUGGACAGCACGAAGUUGAUUCUGGGACGCCCCCACUGUCCUCUGGAACUGGCACAGAAGCUGCCAGGAAACCUUUGCCGUCUCAGCCUGAGCAAGGCGAAAGCACUCCAUUGACAGCAAAAGAAACCGGGGAGCCGACAAGCCUAGGAGAUGACGAGCGAAAGGCAACAGGUGAUGAAGCCCCCGCUAACGGCCAACCUAAGCAUCUGAAGAAGAGUUCCAAGCAAAAGAAGAAGGACCAUUCUCCGUCUCCGGCUCCCCAAGUCCAAGACACGAAAACAUCAAGCAACCCGCUUGACAGGUUCGGCAAGAAAGUGAAAAAAUUUGCGAUGAACUUAUUCUCUGGAGACGGCAAGCAUUCUUCUGAUGUCACUCUUACAGAAGACGCCCAGAAAGAACAGCCUGUCCAGCCAGACAUUGAAACGAAGAAGAAGAAAAAAUCUAAAAAGAAAAGCAAGGCACCCCUUCCCGAGCAACCUGCUCUUGUAACACCGCCAAGGGCAGAAACUGAAAGCGACAAACAUGAUGUCACGCAACCCACACCAGUGAAGAAAACAGACGAAUCACAACCCCUUCGAGAAGGCUCCGACAGUACUCUUACCACUCCUCGAGAUAAGGCUCCGGCUGAUGUCUCCCGGCAACAUGUCAUUCUGUCUGAUGACAGUAAACAACCACACAGUGUGCCCACGUCUGUUGAGCUUGAUGCCAAAGUCCCAGCCGUGAUGCCUGGCAGUGCACAAACUCCACACGGUAUGAUGCCAGCCGUGCAGAGUGAUAAGUUGCACGGGGCGGAAACCGACCUUACAGUUCACACCAUCAGUGAUCCUUGCUUAGGCGAGGUACGCAAAGACGAAGUGCUCGCAAUGACACAACAGUCUCAUGAUCGUUCUAGCACAGUUCCUUCUUAUGUGCCUGUUUAUGCUCAGCCGUCCAUAAGUGGAAAAGAUCAGUCCCCACAAAAAUAUACUAAAGAACUGCCACUUCAGUCAGUUGAUUCCCCUAAGGCAGAACACGACAUUUCUUUGGACAAACCAGAAACAGGAAAACCUAAGGCUCCCUCCGAGGAAAGCACGCUCACUAUAAUAUAUGGAGUUCCUACUAUCACAACAACCACGAUAAUUCAGCCUUCACAAAUAGCAAGUCUCCCAAACAGUGCGCAAAUGCUGCAACCAGGCGAUAACAAGCAGCAACCAGAUUUGCAAAACAACACAGGUAUCGAUGCUUCUUCAGGGCUCCCUAAAAAAACAAGUCACCGUGACUUUACUAGUGCAGCUGCAACAAAAGCAGUCAUCAAAGAUGGCUCUAAGCCACACCUGAAAGAGGACAAACAACACCCAGGUAAGAAAAAAGAAGAAAGCCUAAAAAAGGAGACUGGCCUGGACAACCAACCUAAAGAUGACAAACAUGGCCAUGGAAAAGUUGAUGAGCCAAAAGAAAUGCCUGAAGAGCAAAGCCUCAAUAAAUAUUCUGAAGUUCUCAUCACAGAAGCAGCACAUGUCAUCAGAGAGGGUGAGCACCUCCGAGGCCCCUACAAGAAAACACUGAAUGUAAUCGACACAACCAUCCAUGGACACCAAGAAGUUUCACCGAAAGGAGAACACUUCCCAGCUACAUCCUAUUUCAGUGAGGCUGGUCUAUAUCAACAGCCUGAGCACAUAGACAGACUGAAAGAGGAAACGAUAAAAAAGCACAUCACACAGAGCAAUGUGCCAACAGACCAAGACUAUGAUGACACGCAUCUUAUUACAGAACUGACUGACAUAAUCAGGGAAUGUAGAAGAGAGCGUCCCCAACUGGGUGCAGAGACGUUUCAGAAGCCAGAAAUUGUUGACAAGGAGCCUGGCAAGAAAAAGAAGGGCAAGCCAAAGAAGCCAUCAGAUGAGCCACAUGAUUUGAAAGAACCUGAAACGGUCAUCGUCACGGAAGUGACUCGCAUCAUCAACGAAGGCGAGAAGGAGCCAGGGUUCCCAGGAGCGCCUGGUGCUGAAACGCAAGAGCCCACCAAGCUUCCAAGCAGAGAGGGCACACCUGGAAAGGAGCCCACAUCGACUAUCUUUGGCUGGAAGGAGACACCUGAGAAGCCAGAAGCUGAUGACAAGGAGCCUGGCAAGAAAAAGAAGAGCAAGCCAAGGAAGCCAUCAGAUGAGCCGCAUGACCAGAAAGAACCCGAGACAGUCAUUAUCACUGAAGUGACUCGCAUCAUCCAGGAAGCCGAGAAGGAGCCAGAGAUUGCUGGAGAACCUGGUGCCGAAACGCAAGAGCCCACCAAGCUUCCAAGCAGAGAGGGCACACCUGGAAAGGAGCCCACUCCGACUAUCUUUGGCUUGAAGGAGACACCUGAGAAGCCAGAAGCUGAUGACAAGGAGCCUGGCAAGAAAAAGAAGGGCAAGCCAAAGAAGCCAUCAGUUGAGCCACAUGACGAGAAAGAACCCGAGACAGUCAUCAUCACUGAAGUGACUCGCAUCAUCAAGGAAGGCGAGGAGUUGCUAGGGUUCCCUGGUGAGCCUGGAGCUGACACACAAGAGCCAGCAAAGCUUCCAAGCAGAGAGGGCACACCUGGAAAGGAGCUCAGUCCGACCAUCUUUGGCUUGAAGGAGACACCUGAGAAGCCAGAAGCUGAUGACAAGGAGCCUGGCAAGAAAAAGAAGGGCAAGCCAAAGAAGCCAUCAGAUGAGCCACAUGACCAGAAACAACCUGAAACUGUGAUCAUCACUGAAGUGACUCGCAUCAUCAAGGAAGGCGAGAAGUUGCUAGGGUUCCCUGGCGAGCCUGGAGCUGACACACAAGAGCCAGCAAAGCUUCCAAGCAGAGAGGGCACACCUGGAAAGGAGCUCAGUCCGACUAUCUUUGGCUUGAAGGAGACACCUGAGAAACCUGAAGCUGACGACAAGGAGCCUGGCAAGAAAAAGAAGGGCAAGCCAAAAAAGCCAUCAGAAGAGCCGCAUGACCAGACGGAAGCUGAAAAGGUCAUCAUCACCGAAGUGACUCGCAUCAUCAAGGAAAGCAAGAAGGAGCCAGAGUUCCCUGGAGAACCUGGCGCUGAAACGCAAGAGCCCACCAAGCUUCCAAGCAGAGAGGGCACACCUGGAAAGGAGCCCACAUCGACUAUCUUUGGCUGGAAGGAGACACCUGAGAAGCCAGAAGCUGAUGACAAGGAGCCUGGCAAGAAAAAGAAGGGCAAGCCAAGGAAGCCAUCCGAUGAGCCACAUGACCAGCAAGAACCUGAAACGGUCAACAUCACUGGAGUUACUCGCAUCAUCGAGGCAGGCAAAAAGUUGCUAGGGUUCCCAGGAGAGCCUGGAGCUGACACUCAAGAGCCAGCCAAGCUUCUGAGCAGAGAGGGCACACCUAGAAAGGAGCUCAGUCCGACUAUCUUUGGCUGGAAGGAGACUCCUGAGAAGCCAGAAGCUAAUGACAAGGAGCCUGGCAAGAAAGUCAAGCCAGAGAAGCCAUCAGAUGAGCCACAUGACCAAAAAGAACCCGAGGCAGUCAUCAUCACUGAAGUGACUCGCAUCAUCCAGGAAGGCGAGAAGGAGCCAGAGUUCCCUGGAGAACCUCGUACCGAAACACAAGAGCCCACCAAGCUUCCAAGCAGAGAGGGCACACCUGGAAAGGAGCUCAGUCCAACUAUCUUUGACUGGAAGGAGACACCUGAGAAGCCUGAAGCUGACGACAAGGAGCCUGGCAAGAAAAAGAAGGGCAAGCCAAGGAAGCCAUCAGAUGAGCCGCAUGACCAGAAGGACGCUGAAACGGUCAUCAUCACGGAAGUGACUCCCAUCAUCAAGGAAAGCGACAAGGAGCCAGUGUUCCCUGGAGAACCUGGCGCCGAAAUGCAAGAGCCUGCCAAGUUUCCAAGCACAGAGGGCACACCUGGAAAGGAGAUCAGUCCGACUAUUCUUGGCUGGAAGCAGACACCUGAGAAGCCAGAAGCUGAUGACAAGGAGCCUGGCAAGAAAAAGACGCGCAAGCCGAAGAAGCCAUCUGAUGAGCCUCUUGACCAGGAAGAGCCUGAAACUGUGAUCAUCACUGAAGUGACUCGCAUCAUCAAGGAAGGCGAAAAGUUGCUAGGGUUCCCUGGCGAGCCUGGAGCUGACACACAAGAGCCAGCAAAGGUUCCAAGCAGAGAGGGCACACCUGGAAAGAAGCUGAGUCCGACUAUCUUUGGCUGGAAGGAGACACCUGAGAAGCCCGAAGCUGAUGACAAGGAGCCUGGCAAGAAAAAGAAGAGCAAGCCAAGGAAGCCAUCAGAUGAGCUGCAUGACCAGAAAGAGCCUGAAACGGUCAUCAUUACUGAAGUGACUCGCAUCAUCAAGGAAGGCCAGAAGGAACCAGGAUUCCCAGGAGAGCCUGGAGCUGAAAUGCAAGAGCCCACCAAGAUUCCAAGCAGAGAGGGCAUACCUGGAAAGGAGCCCACAUCGACUCUCUUUGGCUGGAAGGAGACUCCUGAGAAGCCAGAAGCUAAUGACAACGAGCCUGGCAAGAAGGGCAAGCCAGAGAAGCCAUCAGAUGAGCCACAUGACCAGAAAGAACCUGAAACGGUCCCCAUCACUGGAGUAACUCGCAUCAUCGAGGCAGGCAAGAAGUUGCUAGGGUUCCCAGGAGAGCCUGGAGCUGACACUCAAGAGCCAGCCAAGCUUCCGAGCAGAGAGGGCACACCUGGAAAGGAGCCGACAUCGACUAUCAUUGGCUGGAAGGAGACACCUGAGAAGCCAGAAGCUGAUGACAAGGAGCCUGGCAAGAAAAAGAAAGGCAAGGCAAUGAAGCCAUCACAUGAGCCACAUGACCAGAAAGAACCUGAGACAGUCAUCAUCACUGAAGUGACUCGCAUCAUCCAGGAAGGCAAGAAGGAGCCAGUGUUCCCUGGAGAACCUGGAGCUGACACACAAGAGCCAGCAAAGCUUCCAAGCAGAGAGGGCACACCUGGAAAGGAGCUCAGUCCGACUAUCUUUGGCUGGAAGGAGACACCUGAGAAGCCAGAAGCUGAUGACAAGGAGCCUGAGAAGAAAAAGAAGAGCAAGCUAAGGAAGCCAUCCGAUGAGCCACAUGACUUGAAAGAACCUGAAACGGUCAUCAUCACUGAAGUGACUCGCAUCAUCAAGGAAGGCGAGAGGGAGCCAGAGUUUCCUGGAGAACCUGGUGCCGAAACGCAAGAGCCCAUCAAGCUUCCAAGCAGAGAGGACACACUUGGAAAGGAGGCUAGUCCGAGUAUCUUUGGCUGGAAGGAGACACCUGAGAAGCCAGAAGCUGAUGACAAGGAGCCUGGCAAGAAAAAGAAGGGCAAAUCGAAGAAGCCAUCAGAUGAGCCGCAUGACCAGAAAGAUCCCGAAACAGUCAUUACUGAAGUGACUCGCAUCACCCAGGAAGGCGAGAAGGAGCCAGAGUUCCCUGGAGAAAUUGGUGCCGAAACGCAAGAGCCCGCCAAGAUUCUAAGCAGAGAGGGCACACCUGGAAAAGAACCCAGUCUGACUAUCUUUGGCUGGAGGGAGACACCUGAGAAGCCAGAAGCUGAUGACAAGGAGCCUGGCAAGAAAAAGAAGGGCAUGCCAAAGAAGCCAUCUGAUGAGCCACAUGACUUGAAAGAACCUGAAACGGUCAUCAUCACUGAAGUGACUCGCAUCAUCAAGGAAGGCAAGAAGGAGCCAGAGUUUCCUGGAGAACCUGGUGCCGAAACGCAAGAGCCUGCCAAGAUUCUAGGCAGAGAGGGCACAGCUGGAAAGGAGCCCACAUCGACUAUCUUUGGCUGGAAAGAGACACCUGAGAAGCCAGAAGCUGAUGACAAGGAGCCUGGAAAGAAAAAGAAGGGCAAACCAAUGAAGCCAUCAGAUGAGCCGCAUGACCAGAAAGAUCCCAAAACGGUCAUCACUGAAAUGACUCGUAUCGUCCUGGAAGGCGAGAAAUUGCCAGGGUUCCCAGGAGAGGCUGGAGCUGAAACGCAAGAGCCCACCAAGAUUCUAAGCAGAGAGGGCGCUCCAAGAGAGGAGUCAACUGUGAUUCUUUCUGACUUGGAAAAGAGCCUCGGGGAGCCAGAGUGUAAGAAGGAGCUUGCCAGGAAAGUUAAGGCAACAGACAUUCUAGAUGAGGAGAGUAGCACCCAAGCAGGCAUCACCACUGAUGUAUCUUGCAUCGUCAAGGAAGGCGAAAAGGGGUUUGCAGUACCUGCAGCACCUUCAGCUUUUAUAAGUGAACCCAGUAAUCGUCAAAGUGAAGAAGGCACACAAGAGGAGGUUGAAGGAAAAGGAAUUGAUGAACGACAAAGCCAAGGCUGGUUUUCUAGCUUGGUAGCUGUCGCGAAAAGCAUUACGUCUUGGGACAGCACUGAUGAUCAGGUUGAUCCUGCUGCACGAAACAUUGUUGAUUCUGAUCGAAGUCCUGUGCAGGUUUCACUUGAAUCAGACAUUCUGGAUGACAAGUCAGAGCCACAGGUUAGUGUUCAUCUUGACGCAACGCCGCAGUCCUUUGAUGGGUUUGAGCGUGCUGUGCCUUCGGCUCCUAUUGAACCCGAGACCAGUUUCCUUGAAGCAUUGCGACCAGGUCAACAAGCCCCAUUUGAACCCAGGUUUAGUGAAGGACUUCAAUCCUUCAAUAGAGAUGUACCAAGCACAGCUGUGGGAGAUUCCAGAAUUGUUGCAGAGCAACCCCAUCCAUCUGACAUUUCUAGCGAGCACGAUGAUAAUAUGUCAAUUUAUUCUACUGGAACUGACGACUCGUUUUCUGUGUUGCAUAGUCAUCGGCCCUACGAUGAGCCAAAGGCAGCCAAGGGCCGGCAGAAGAAGCACAAACAAAGGCAAAAGGGUGAAACCUUUCUCGUGGCCUCAGCGGUGUCAAGUCAUGCGGGCAGACGGUCAGCGUCUAAAUCGCCAUCGCCUCCAUCAGAGCGUGGUGGGCCUUCCACGUAUCGAGACAGUCGAAAGAAGACCGACAGUAGUCAAAGUCCUCCACCACCAGGCUUCAUACCAGAUGUAUUGGGUAAGGCAUCAGCCACUCAGUGGGUUCCAGAGGAUUCUGCUUUUGGCACCUCCUUAGUUGAGCGUCGCCGUCGAGAUGUUGUUGACUACACAGUUCAGACACCAGCUCCAGAAAGGUCAGCUCAAGCUAGUGCUGAGAAGGUUGAUGAAUUAGUCAAAGCUGAUACUACCACAUCUCACAGCAUACCACCUCUGCCUGGACAACAGUCAAGCAUGGGCCAAAUGCUGUACAGUUGGAUACCCAGUUUUGGGGCUGUACCACAGACAAGAGAGGCUCCCGUAGUUAAAAGGCAGUUCAACAAAUUUAGCGAUGACGGCAAACAGGAAGCUGCGGAGCUCCAUCGUGGAGAUGGCAGCGAACAGCCAGCCGAGGCGGCCACACGCUUUUCAGCUGACAUCACAGAAGGAAGGCUGAUAGAAUCGCCAACAUCAUCUGGUGUGGACACUGAAGGACCUUUGCCUGAAUGGCUUAUCGAUCCCAAAUGGCCUUCACGGAUGACUACCGUCAUGAUACUGGUCUUCCGCCAGAUCUUCAUAAUUGAGAGGCUCUUGAGGGAAGCGUCUUCCCUCCGAGGCAACGAAAGGCAUCAAAAGAUACAGGAAGCGCAACAGCACAUUGACGGCGUGUCUCAACAGCUGUAUGACGAAGAGGUGUGUCAGAUUUUGGAGCUCUACCAUUUGGAACACCCAGAGAUGGCAAGGCAUUAUAGGGAACUGUCAGAUCAACUUCAGCAGCUCGCACGCCAGCUUGACUCAACGGAGUCACAAGCACCUCAAGCAGAAUCACUAAAGCUUGGCAUGGAUGAACAAAGCAUGCAAUUCUGGCUCGGCCUAGAAUCUCUUCACGUGUGGAUCAGUGAUUUGCAAAGACUGCUGAGUGUCCACCUUGACGCACUCAGCAACCCCGUUGUGCUCAAGACCUGCUUCAGGAGCUGAGGCAACUUGUGGCUGAAACUGCAUCUCGGGAAGCUCAACUGGCAGACCUGGAGGCCCAGUCGCGGCUGCUGUCACCCGAUGCCAACCGAGAGGCUCUGGAGAGGUUUGCCCUCCUCCAAAGCGAACUUGGCAAUGUGUACAGCCUCUUGGAAGAGCGAGCCCGUGCCAUUGAGGACCGUCUCCAGACGGUUGAGCGAGACAGGAAGGAACAAGAACAGUUACUGACCUCCGCCACUGAGGAAACUCUCCCAAGACGGCAGUUCAUUCAGGAACUAAACCAGUCCUUGCAAGACCACGAGUGUGCCGUGCUCAAGCUACUAAGAAGCCCGGAAUCAGUGCCCCAGCAGGACACCGAGGACACUCCAACAACCGAACAAGUCCUGCAAGAAGUGCACCGUGCAAGCCAGCCCUCCACAGACACCGCUACACCAUCCUCUUGGCUCGACGAAGCGCCAUCAGACUCAAGCCCAGAGUCCUUGCACAAUACGUGGACCCAGAUUGUCUCCAACCUGCGGGAGUUAGAAGAAGAUCCUGACAUCGAACCACAGAGGUUCCG